AUGUCGUGGAGGUUGAAAUCUUAUCCAAAUGACCAUCAUGCUAAGAUCAAGUUUACGCUGAAAGAUGAGAGUGAUUCCACAUCUUUGACUGUGAAUGCCGAAGGAGUGCCAUCACACAUGGCAGAAGAGACUCGCAAUGGGUUAACUCGUUACUACCUGCAGUCCAUCGCUCGCUCAUUUGGUUUCAGUGCACGUAUAAACUAA